CGAGAAGGUUAGACAGCCAGCGAGUGAGUGAGCGGGCGGACUCUCUCUUCGGUUGCCAUGGGCGAUUUCCAUGCGCGCUGCCAGACAUGAGCCACAGCGAGCGAUCGCUCGCCAUGCCCGGAGCCUUGCCUUCCACAUGAAGCGUCCUGACCCAGACCCAGCUCUUCUGCUCAUCCUCCAGCGCCUGUCGCUGCCGCUGCUGCUGGUGUCGGUGGAGUGGACGACGAUUCGCUCGUCGGCCAUCGCCUGCGCAUUGAGGUCGUGGAGCAGGGCCCGGUGGAUGCCGGGAGUUCGAUGGAUGCAGCAUUCGUGGCGAACCUCCGAAGUCGAGCAGCAAUCGUCGGCCCCAUGAGAGCUUCGGACUCGUCCCCGGCGCCGUCUCCCAGGUCGUCGCUCCGAGCGUGGCUCAAUCUCAGCAGCCCGUCGCUAUGUAAGGGCGUGGCGGUGUCGCCCUCGCUCUUCUCGCUGGCCUCGUCGCCCUCGUCCAGCCGCCAGUCCUCGUUCCGCCUGCCGGGCCUCUCGAGCUCCAACCGCCUCUCAUUCCGUAGCACCACCAACGACUCGUCUUCGAGAACCCCCAAGCAGUCCCAGUCCCAGUCACAGCCCCAGCCCCCAGCCCCAACCCCCCCGCUGCCGCGGCGAAGCGCCAGCAGCUCGCACCGUGUCGCGCAGCUCAAGCACUCGAUCGCCAGCUCGCGCUUACAGCACUCGCCGGUGGCAGCGAAGGCGGCUGGGACUGCGGCCGGGGGCUACGCGCUUGCGCUUGCCGAGCUUUCUGAGUCGCUGGGGAUUCUUACGAAGGUGAAUCAAGAUGUGGACAAUUUGCUGCGCCUGCUGGAGCACGAGGAGCUGGUGCAGUUCUUGAAGAAUCCGGCCGUGGCCGACGACAAGAAGAAGAGCUUGCUGCGCACUUUGGCCGAGGAUGGCAACUUCCAGGAGCACACCAUCACCUUCCUCAAUGUGCUGGUGGACAAGCGCCGCGUCGGGCAGCUGAAGGACAUUCUGGGCGAGUUCGAGCGCAUCUACGACGACCUGAACGACACCGAGCUCGCCACCGUGACCUCGGCCGCCGCGAUCGACAGCGCGCAGCUCGAUCUGAUCGCGCGCAAGAUCCAGGGCCUCACGGGCGUCAAGAACAUCCGCAUGAAGAAUGUGGUCGACGCCUCGCUCAUGGCCGGCUACGUCGUGCGCUUCGGCAAAAACGGGUCCCGCGUCCUCGAUAUGAGCGUCAAAGGCCAGCUCGAUCGCCUCGCCUCGCAAUUCCCCUCCCCCCGCCCCUCGCAGCAGCAGCAGCAGCAGCAGCAGCAGCCGCAUCACCACCACCACCAUCAUCGCUCCCGCAGCCUCGCCCAUUCUCUCUCCGGCUCGUGACCGAGCUCUCCCCCCAUUCUCUCUCUCAUCAUCAUCUCAUCGGUCGCAGAAGGACGAGCGAGCGAGCGAGCCAGCACUUCCAGGUCGAGACAUGCUCCACCUGCGGGAUAAGCCCCACCAUAGCUUGUACAAGUACAUCAUACAGUAGAGCAGCAGCAGCAGCAGCAGCUGGAGACUGAAAUCGGUCGGCCGGUGGGUUCGGGUCGAUAGGCAUUCACAUCUCCGGAACGAUUCACGCGUGAAUUCAUUUUGUACGAUAGAAAUUGGAGAGAGAGCUCACUCAGUCAGGCACUGGAUGGAUGGUGUGCAGCAGCAGCAGCAGAUGCAGAAGCAGAAGCAGCGGCAGGAGGAGUGAGUGAGGGUCAGAGGUCUCUAGUAGGCAGUGACAUAUACAGACAGAAAGACACACACACAUAUAGCGCCCUCCUCUGUUCACUUGGGGGAUGGGAUGUCAGGGAAUGUUUUUGUACAACAGUUGUGGCCGCCAUUAGUUUAGUUCAUUCAGACGGACGUGCCAUGGUUCGCGCAUAGUUUCUCGCCCUCUCUCUCCGCCAUUCUGAUAGUCUCUUGUGUAUCUCGUAGGCGUUCGAAUUGUACAUGACGAAUCUUUUCUCAUCCUUCAAGAUCGAGGACUUGCAAUAAACUACGAUUUCGUGC